GUCGUACUGCUGCCAUCACUAUAGAAGCCUACGAGAUGUUUUCCAUGUUUCACAGAGCCCUGCGACCUGCGGCAUCUGGCGAAGCUCGCGCAGAUGCAAGGGUUUGUGCAAGAAGACGACCGGAAUCCGUCUCUUAUUGGCCUUUCCGAAAGUCGUUAUGCAGGAUGAACACCAAUGACAAGUGCCGCAUUUGGCCGCCUGUUCAUGCAUCACUGCCCAAUGAGCAUACUGCAGGGCGACACCAGACUUAACAACUUUUGAUUCAGCGUUGGAGUUCCGACCAUUAUAUGAACGUUGAACGGUCCAUGUUCAUUUGCUUCCUUCAGCUUCCGGACCCGAGUUUACUGUGGUAGCAUUCCUCAAACUUCCUUGCCAGUUCUGAAGAUUCAGUCUUUCGGCCACUUUCCGAGAGUCAGACAUCAGGCUGAGCUCUCUCAGGACAGAUCUCGAGCACAUCGCAUAUCCACUCCCUAAAGACAAGCCUUGCCAGCGGCAUGGAGAAGAUGAAGCGUACUCGAAAGCGUGCACCGUGCAAGGAGGAAUGGGGACGAAUCAGACCGUUCCUAGAGCGGCAUUACAUCGAAGAACGCCUACCAUUGGAAAAGGUCGCUACAAUAAUGGAGAGGCAGCACAACUUCUACGCUACGAUACCGAUGUAUAAGCUCCGCUUGAAUAAAUGGGGUUUCAAAAAGAACUUCAAACUACCAGAACUCGCAGCGGCAGCAGAUGCUAUAAGGCCAUUCUACAGGGCAGGACUGAAUCCUCCAAAGAUGCGUGUUGACAAUCGCGAGCUCCCAGCGAAGCGAGUUAGACGUCAUUUGGCAGAAGUUAUUCAGAGAUCCGGCCCUCUGCUCGAAUCGUCGCGGAAACACCGCCAUAUACAAAAAGGUCACAAUCUUCGAACAGGUCCCAGCAAAAUGCACGUUCAGAAAAUCGUCCCAGAAGUUCCGAAAGUCACUCUCAAACUUUCUCUUGGAAUGGGUCUCUUUGAAAAGACGUUAAUCCAAGUCAACCACUACUUUACUUGGCGCUCGAGCAAGGAGGACAACUAUUUUCUGAUGCGGAAUCAACAGACUACCCGGUCUUUUGCGAUAACGGACCCUUGUGAGCUACGCUUCCUGAUCGGGGAGUUGACUGAUGCAAUGACUAGUCGGGCCUAUCACUUGAUAACAGACUUGUUGCGAGCAGCCCUAAAUCUAGCUCCGAAAGUGAUAUCCGAACAGCACCCAGACCUUCUGUCAAAACUCAUAACUAUAUGCUCCCGGCGAAGUAGUGACCCAAUUGUGGAACGGAUGAUGAGCGCCAUUCUCUCGUACCUCACCAGCAUGGCCAGGAAACUACUGUCGGAAAGCCACCCUGUAUCAAUGUUACUUCAGCUACGCCUGCAAAGAUUCAAAAUGGAGAUUUCUUUCCAACCCAUAAUGAGGCUGAUAUAUGACAUCGACCUCCGCCAGUAUGGCCAUUGUUGGAAGCCGUGUCUUAGUAGUGAAGUGGAUAUGAUUUCUGUGGUUUGGGACUACGAAGGGCCCUUUGCCGCGUCUAGAUUUGGUCACGAUUCGUUGCUACAUUAUCAAGAGAUCCUGGGACCGGAACACUGGUGUUGCAGCUGGCUGACGGCGGCGUUAGCGAAGAUCCUUUAUCAUAACGGCCUGAACACUGCUGCGGAGAAGACGUGCCGAGAGCUUCUAGACGCCCAAUCUUCACCCAACUCUCUUGAUUUCCAGAGUCAAGAAUUGACUAGGCUGUUAGUGAUGGAUCUCCUUGGGGAUAUCACUGCAGAGCGGGACAACUAUGCAGAGGCAGCUUCUUGCUAUCGUCAGGCGUACGAUGUCUACAAGGAGUGCUGGGGCACAGAGGAUACGAAUACGCUGUCAGUCUUGCAUAAGGCACAGCAAAUGGUCAACCAAAGUGCUGGAGAUGGGUCCGAGGCGGAUACGGAAGAGCCCGAAACCAGCGAAGAACAUUUGGUGGAACAGCUCAUCAUGGAGCUCGGAGAAGACAUAACACGACUCGAUCUGGUUGAUGCCGGAAAUGCGAGUGCUCCAGCCAAGCAGCCGUGGGAACCGAAUAGUCUCGCAUUUGAAGAUCCCCAGGCCAGCCGCCGUGCUGGCGAAGCCGAUUCCAUCUCCCUGUUGGACAUUCCCAGAACCAACGGCGAGGUCGAAUUUGAUGAGCAGGGAGUUGUGCGAAACGACCUGACAGGAUUCGAGGCAUCUCCAUGGCCUUCUUCGAGCCACAAUGUUGGUGAAACACAAGAUGCGGACCUACAGACCAUGAAUCGCAACGACAUGAGCGCAAAUUAUGCCGAGGGAACAAGCUAUUUACCACUCUUUUUUGAUCGAUGCGCUUCAGAAAUGCAGGCGUCUACCUUAUGCGACAUUCAGACAAACACUACGUUCGCGACUGAAGUCAAUCUAUCAAGUUUCUCGGAACAAUCUAUGCCGAUCACGCCGACGACUGCCAUGGCAGACUAUGCUCAGAAGUCCCUCAACAACAACAUCAACGCAUUACCACAGCUUAAUACCGAGGUCGAUCUCGGUAUGCUGGAUUACGCUCCUUUGACGAACGCGCAAUCGGACUUCAAUCCAAGAAUUCACGAGGUUGAUAUGGACUUCAACGUGGAUGACCUCAUCAAUUGGGACGACGAUAUGGAUUUUCAAGAUCAGCUACAAUGACAAAACAGAAACAUUGAUACAUUUGAUGGCUGAUGAGGUUGAGUCGGCACAUGAUAUUGCCCGGUAACAAUGGUACUUCGAGAUCGAGGAGGAGGCGCAGGAAGGAGCUUAUUGUGAUGUGGAUGGGACAAUAUUGAUGGUAUAAUCGUGCUUGAAUUUGGGCGUGCUGGAGUACCUCCCUGUUAUUCUCAAAAUAUAUACCCAUCAGUCGUGU